AUGGACUCACGCGGGGAAAUGAAGUCGCUCGAUGCACAGAUCGAUCGUCUGCGUCGUGCUGAGAACUUGACAGAGACAGAGAUAUAUGAACUCUGUCAAAAAGCUAAAGAAAUAUUGACAGGCGAGUCCAAUGUACAGCCUGUCAAGUGUCCCGUGACAGUCUGUGGUGACAUCCAUGGCCAAUUCUAUGACCUCUUGGAGCUUUUCCGGAUAGGUGGUGCUUGUCCGGAUACCAAUUACCUGUUUAUGGGUGAUUACGUAGACCGUGGGUACUACUCUUUAGAGAGUGUGGCACUAUUGGUGGCACUUAAGGUGCGUCAUCGUGAACGCAUUACUAUUUUACGUGGUAACCACGAAAGUCGCCAGAUUACGCAAGUGUAUGGUUUUUAUGACGAAUGUUUACGUAAGUAUGGCAAUGCUAACGUGUGGAAGUACUUUACCGACCUGUUUGAUCAUUUGCCAAUGACGGCACUUAUUGAAAAUCGUGUCUUUUGUAUGCACGGUGGACUAUCGCCGUCUAUUGACACAUUGGACCAUGCACGUGCAUUGGAUCGUGUGCAGGAGGUGCCACAUGAGGGUCCCAUGUGUGACUUGGUGUGGUCUGACCCGGACGAUCGUUGUGGGUGGGGCAUCUCGCCUCGUGGCGCUGGCUACACGUUUGGCCAGGACAUUACGGAGCAAUUCAAACGCAGUAAUGGACUCACGUUCAUUGCGCGUGCCCAUCAAUUGGUCAUGGAAGGAUACCAAUGGACCCACAACCGUGGUGUCGUCACGAUCUUCAGUGCUCCUAAUUACUGCUACCGUUGUGGCAACCAGGCAGCGCUCAUGGAGAUUGAUGAAGUCAUGGCUGAUCGUAGUGGAGAUAAGGUAUACGAGACGUGCAAGUUUAUCCAGUUCGACCCCGCUCCACGUGACAGCAACUUUAACGAGAAGAAGCGCACACCCGACUACUUCCUGUAG